GAGGAGGAGGAGGAGCUUCCGGCCCCUCCACCAUCUUCCUGCUGGCCUUCCCCUGUCUGCGCCUGCCGCAAGCUGCCGCUGUCGCUGUCGCUGCUGCCGCGGAGCGGGCCUGGGAUGCCAAGAUGGCGGCGGCGGUGUCGGUCUUCCCCGGCGUGCGGCUCCUGACUAUCGGCGACGCCAACGGCGAGAUCCAGCGACACCAGGAGCAGCAGGCGCUCCGCCUCGAGGCUCGCACGGGGCCCGACGCCGCUUGCCUCGCUCUGUAUAGCCAAGAUGAUGUUUGUGUGUUUAAAUGUUCUGUAUCAAAGGAGACAGAAUGCAGCCGAGUGGGCAAGCAAUCCUUCAUUAUCACCCUGGGAUGUAAUAGUGUCCUUAUACAGUUUGCAACACCAAGUGACUUCUGCUCAUUUUAUAAUAUAUUGAAAAACUGCCGAGGCCACAACGUGGAACAGUCAGUGUUCAGUGAGCGCACGGAAGAAUCCUCUGCUGUGCAGUACUUCCAGUUUUAUGGAUACUUGUCUCAGCAGCAAAAUAUGAUGCAGGAUUAUGUCAGAACAGGAACAUACCAGAGAGCAAUCCUGCAGAACCAUAGUGACUUUAAAGAUAAGAUUGUAUUAGAUGUUGGCUGCGGCUCUGGUAUCCUGUCAUUUUUUGCUGCCCAGGCUGGAGCCAGAAAGGUCUAUGCUGUUGAAGCCAGCACUAUGGCUCAGCAUGCAGAGGUUUUAGUCAAGAGUAACAACCUCACUGACCGGAUUGUGGUAAUUCCUGGGAAAGUAGAGGAGGUAUCACUUCCAGAACAGGUGGACAUCAUUAUUUCUGAGCCAAUGGGUUAUAUGCUUUUCAAUGAACGUAUGCUGGAGAGUUAUCUGCAUGCCAAGAAGUAUUUAAAGCCCAGUGGAAAUAUGUUUCCAACAAUCGGUGACGUCCAUCUAGCACCAUUCACAGAUGAACAGCUGUACAUGGAACAAUUCACGAAAGCUAAUUUUUGGUAUCAGCCAUCCUUUCAUGGGGUAGAUUUGUCAGCACUUCGGGGGGCAGCGGUAGAUGAAUAUUUUAGGCAGCCUGUUGUGGACACCUUUGAUAUUAGGAUUCUUAUGGCCAAAUCUGUUAAAUACACAGUGAACUUCUUAGAUGCCAAAGAAGUGGACUUGCACAGAAUAGAAAUCCCGUUCAAGUUCCACAUGCUUCAUUCAGGUCUAGUCCAUGGAUUGGCUUUCUGGUUCGAUGUUGCCUUUAUUGGUUCAAUAAUGACCGUUUGGCUUUCAACCGCUCCCACAGAGCCUCUUACCCACUGGUACCAGGUUCGGUGUCUCUUUCAGUCUCCACUUUUUGCUAAGGCUGGUGACACCCUCUCAGGGACAUGCCUGCUCAUCGCCAACAAGAGGCAGAGUUAUGACAUCAGUAUUGUUGCUCAAGUGGAUCAGACAGGCUCCAAAUCCAGCAACCUCCUUGAUCUGAAAAACCCAUUUUUCAGGUACACAGGUACAACUCCAUCACCCCCGCCGGGUUCGCACUACACCUCUCCUUCAGAGAACAUGUGGAACACAGGUGGCGCCUACAACAUGAGCACAGGGAUGGCUGUUGCUGGGAUGCCCACAGCCUAUGAUCUCAGCAGUGUGAUUGCUGGUGGCACCAAUGUUGGCCACAACAACCUUAUUCCUCUAGCCAACACUGGGAUUGUCAAUCACACUCAUUCCCGGAUGGGCUCCAUCAUGAGCACAGGGAUUGUCCAAGGCUCAUCUAGUGGUCAGAGUGGAGGAACAUCAAGCACUCACUACCCAGUCAAUAGUCAGUUCACUAUGGGAGGGCCAGCUAUUUCCAUGGCAUCCCCCAUGUCCAUCACCACCAACACAAUGCAUUAUGGGAGCUAAGAAACCUUCACUGCAACCUCUGAACUGACAGCACCAGGAAACCAAAUGAAGACGUUUCAUCUUGCCGCCCAUCUGCCUGCUGCACCUUCAACAGUUUGGCAAUUGCUUCCCUGGAUCUCUUCUACCCCCCAGCCCCCUUAGGCUCACCCAGAGAUAUUUUGACCCUUGUAUAAUAGAAGACAGCCUCCACUGGUUCUUUGAUAGUGGACUUGUAUACUUUUUUAAAUGAAAUGUUGGAAAUUUCAACUUGCUCAACCAUGACUGAGUUCCUGCCCUCACUGUGUCUUACAAACAAUCAUGUUGUUGAUGGUAUCACCUUCAGUCUUCCAUGACUGCUCAGCGUUAGGCACAGGCUGCAGAACAGAACUGCUAACAGGGUCACUAGCAUGCUGUGGACAGACCAGCAGCAGCAACUGGAGUCUUCAUCUCUGCUCCCAUUGUAUUAAAUGAAAGGGCUACAGCUGGCUGUAGGUCAAAAUCCAGCAGCAUUAUCCGUCAUGCCCACCUUGGUUUCUCACCUAUCCCAGCCUUUGGGAAGGUGCUUAUUUCUUUGGUAAGACUUAAGGAGGUAUAUCUCCUUCUGGGAGGGACAGUCCCUCUGGGCUGUUGUGGGGGUUGCAGGAUCUUACUGCUACAGGUCUUGGACCUCUGGAAGAGCAUCCAAGAUGGGAUGGGAUUGUUGUGCCGCAAGCAUUUAUUUUGUCAGCAGGUCUGAUGAUCAUCUGUCUUUUGAGAAAUCCUGAUGUACCAUCAAAGGGUUAAACAAAUUUUAAAACACGAAUGUAUUGAAAAAACAAAGGUGGCUGCCUGAAAGUGAACAAUUUGUGUAUCAGUUUCCUGUUGCUCAUCUUGAAGGCUGUGGUCACUUCUAAGAGUCUCCUUUGCUCGCUGUUUUCUAAGCUGCUGGCAUCUGCUAUCUCUUGUCCCUCUCUCUCAUUUGGGUAGGAAGUGGGCAGUGGGUGCCAAGUGGUUUGGUAUGUAGACUUGCCUGUUCCCUGCAGUAGCCAUCAGGGACUUUAGAGUAGAUCGUUCCAGCAUCUGUUAUGGAAGCCCCUUUGUAGUAUUUGUAUGUAUAACUUGUAACCAUUUACGGUAUUUUUUUCUUUUGAAAAUCCAUGAGCUGGCAUUUUUGAAAGGACUUGGCAGGGACCCAUUUUGUGGAUAAAAAGUGUGUUUUCCGUAAUCAAUUUUUUUGGCUCCCAACAAGGACUUGCUGGAUUGAAUUGGGUGGGGGGAGGUAUGGGGGAACAUUGCGAAGAAGUUCCAUAAUGGCUCAGUUGUGGGUCUACAUAAGGCCAAGUUCUAGAUUUGGCUGAUCAAUGAUUUUGUGACUAUUGAAUAAAGCUGGGCAGGUUUUAAAGA